AUGCCGAAGCUUUGCAGCGGCUUCUAUGCGCGCUUGCCUUGCUUCUUCUCGCCUACAAAGAUCGGCAAGGCUGCAUGGACAAAUUCAGGGGACAAGUGCCUCUUUUGCGAUGAUGCCAAGAUGAGCAAAGCUUGCAAUACCAUCAAAGGCCGUGGCAGCGUCACGCGGUCAUUGAAAGCUUUCCGGGCCCACUACGAGGAGCACAACUACGUCUACAACGCUGCCAUGAUGCGGGUCCCGGACGAGUGGCGUGAGAAGUUUCACGAGGAGGCCUUGAAGAGCAAGCGCGGACAGCCGCGGCAGCCGCGUCAACAUCGCAGUGCGCCUGCGGCCGCACAGGGGGAGAAGGUGGGCGAGCUGUGGACGGCGGUCUUGCAGCACCGCAAACGGGCCUUCAAGAACUUAGGCAGCACGGAGGUGACGGCCUACAAGAAGCGCCGCACUGCCGACCGGAAGCGCGUGGCGAAGAAGUUCUUCGUGAACAACCAGCUGCCUGUGCCCGAGGCCACGGACAUCGCCACGAAUGACGCAGGCUUGCCGGCCGCCAGCUCGAGCGACCGCGCGGCCUUUGUGGAGCACUGGUGCAAGUUCGGGUCCUGGGGCAUCUGCCGCACCUGUCACUCCUUGCAGCCGCGUCCCUUGGAGCCUAUCGACGCCCGGCGCGUUGCCCAGGCAGAGAUUACCUCCAACGCUUGCAAGCAGUGCAAAGGCAAGAAGUGGGUCCCCCAGCCGGACGAGAUCCCAGACCGCCUCCGCAAGCUCACCCUGAAGAUGGCCAAGGUGCUGCGGCCGUUGGACAUUGACGUGGGUCGGAUGAAGAAAGCCAACAACGGCUACCGCAUCAAAUCGGCUAUGACGCGCCUCAGCUGGAGCAAGCUCUCGGUGACAGACAAGAUCGCCCAGGUACGCACCAGGAGCAAGCGCAAGAAGUUGGAGAAGGCCUACGAGUACCUCAUGUCCAAGGAGGCGGACAGCACCUACGGGGACCUUGUCAAGAUGCACAACAAGUUCCUGCGCAAGCACCCGGACCCCAGCGAUGAAGCUUGCCGCAGGCCGUUGCAAUUCAUUGAGACAGCAGGUCUGGAGUGCGCCCUCUGGCCGACCUUGUACUGGUGCACCGAGAUGUGCGAGACCGUCGAGCGGGCCACUGAUGUGAGGCGCCUUCAGCGGCAGGGCAACCAGGCAGUGCUCAACGACGACAGCGACGAGGAGACGCCGGGUGAGCGCCACAGCAUCAAGCGCAGCUUCCUGAGGAAGGUUUUGAGCCCGAUCAUCGGGUACAGCCAGGACUUCGAGCUCCUCCAGUUCGUCUACGACUUAACGAUGUGGUCCCGCAUCGGCGGCGGCAAGAAUGCCUGCGCUAGCUUGCCGCUGCGCCUGGUCCUGAAGGGGGAGACGUUUUCACCGCUCUACUGGAAGACCAAGCAUCAGGCCCUCAUCGACAUGCAGCGCCAGUGCGGCUUUCCGGCGCUCUUCAAGACCAUGGCGCCCUGGGAGUUCAGCUUUCCAUACCACGCCUUUGUCCUUGAUGAGAUGGCGAAGUGUGGCCGUGGUCGCAUGCAGUCUGCAGGAUUGGAAACCUUGCACACCGCCCACGUCUUCACCGAGCUGAACCGGGGCCUCUACAGCGGCGCCAACAAGAAGGGGAAGGACGACGGCUGGAAGGAUCACAUCUUGGCUGCAGAGGAUGGCCAGGUCAAGACCGUGGUCAACUACUUUCAGCGCUUGGAGUUCCAGGACGGCAAGCGCAAGCUCCCCACCCAGGACUACCACGGCAGCGGACGAGUUCAUGUCCACAGCCUAGAUUACCUGCAGCACGUGGAGGCGAUCGGCUUGGAGCACAAGUUCUCUGCCACGGUGCCCGGCGAGGACGAACCCGCGCUGCGGGGCUACAUGCUCGGCAGACCUCAUGGCCGCAGUGACAGCGGGUGGCCUGUGGAGGACGGGCCCUCCAGAUACGACGCCGAGGUUGGCAUUGUGAAGCUGCACCACACACAGGCGGACAAGGAGCAGGGGCACAGGGCCUACUUCAAGGAGACCUUGGAGGUGACCAAAUGCCAUCAAGAUGUGCUGCAUGGCAAUGGCCAGGGUUUGCUGUUGAAGUACGUGGCGACGUACACGCCCAAAUUCUCCGACAGCUUUGCCCGCGAGUGGCUCAAUGAUGAAGCUUCUGCCUUCUCGGUCGCUCGCCGCGUGCUCUUCGACUACCAGCCGGCCGAGCCGGAGAUGUGGCUGUAUCUGUUUGCGCAGCAGUUCCCACCCUGUCGCUAUGGGGGCACCAUGUGUCCACUGCUGGCGCCCUGGCCUGGGAUGGAAGUCAAGCCCAAGCUGAUCGAGGCCUACGAGACCUGCGACUGGCGGAGCGAGGAGAUGAGCUUCCUGGAGUUCUGUCGGAAAAGCAACAAAGAGGGCGCCAUCGCGCAGUGGGUGCAGCGGCUCCACAAGGCCUCCGGCAGCGACAACGUCCCCCUCAAGGUCUUUGCCAACGCCUGUCCCAUGAAGGGCGAGAAGCUGGUGGCCUGCGACACCCUGUCCAUCUUCAACGACCGUUGGUUUGGCCAGUGGCUUGCUUUGCGGAAGCCUUUCCGCAAACUGGAGGACUUGCUUGACAGCACCAUCACUGACAAGGUCCCGGUUCAGUACAUGCACUUCGCCAACACCACCCAGCAGUGCCCAGACUAUUGGGAAGAUGAGAGCAGCAUCCGCGCAGACCUGGAGCUCGAGGCCGUGGGCAACAGCAAAGCGGAGACCUUCGUGGCCAUGGUCCGGGCCCACCGGGCCUUGGUGGAGCGCUUCCUUGCCGGCGACUUGGACAAGAAUGACGAUGCUGGGGUGCAGGUUGCCAUGGUGGACCUGGGCUUGAUCGAGGGCGAGGAGGACCCCAUGUUUGCUGGCAUGGAGCUCAAUCGUGGCCAGAAGCGCUUGGAGAAGGCCCUCUACACGCAACUGGAUCGUGCCAAGCGCGGGCGCCUCGCUGCGAAUGACAAAGAGUGGGAGGAGGUCGUAGAAGAGGCCCAUACCAAGGCUAAGCCCCUCUUCGUGACUGGCCCGCCCGGCACCGGUAAGAGCACCGUGGUGGACAAGUGCGUCCGCAAGUGCCUGCGUGAAGGAGGCCGCGUGCUCUAUGCCUUGCCCACAGCACAGCAGGCCUCCCGUGUGCGGGCAAAGCAUCCGGAGGCAGAUGUUGACACCUGUUCCGGAGCCUUCUUCCUCUACCGAGAUGCUAUUGAGGUGAUGGACUGCUUGACGCAGUACGACAUGGUGGCCGUGGACGAGGUCUCCCAGCUGUCGCAGUCCGACUUUGAGCGCAUCAUCCAGAUGUGGGAGAUGGCCGACAAGGUGCCGGCCCUGGUCUUUGCGGGCGAUUUCUGGCAGUUGCCCGGCAUCGGCAAGAAGGGCGAGGAGCCCACCAAGGCCACGGACAGCCCGCGCUGGAGCAUGGUUUACCAAAUCGACUUGCAUCAGAUGUGGCGCUGCAAGGACAACGUCCUGAAGGAGAAGCUGCAGCCCCUGCGCACCGCCAAGCCCAGCAGGUCCCAGUUGACAAACAUAUGCCGCGGCCACAAGGCUUGGUCCGGUCAUCACGAGCCGACAGCCUGGGACCUGCAGCAGCUUUACCGGAGCCAUCCUCACACCACCAUCGCCACUUGCACCCGCUGGGCAGCAGCCAAAGUGAACGACUUGGCCAUCUUCGUGCUCUACGCCACUCGCAAGAAGCGCAAGCUGGAAACCGUGCCGGUUGACUGGGAAGCCAACCCUGACAACUACGACCAGGACAACAAGAACCAGCUGAUCACGGGCACGCCGCCGAAGGCAUUGGAGAUGCCGCUCUACAAGGGCAUGCGGCUGCACAUCACGCGCAAUGUCAACAAGGAGGCCGACUUCAUUAACGGGAUGGAGGCAACCGUCGAGGCCUAUGAUGCAGCAUCCAAGUGCAUCCAUGCUGUGACGAAGACUGGGCGCCACCUCGCUAUCUAUCCCUUGACGGACUACGUGGAGGACUGCGGCUACGUCACUGCCUAUCCCUUGCGCCCAGGCUAUGCCAGCACCGUGCACAAGCUGCAGGGCGCAGAGCUGGAGCACAUCACCAUCUGGCUGGACCGCCGAGGCGCCAAGGCCGCCGCCUACGUGGCCAUGAGCCGGGUGCAGCACGACACGGACUACCUCCUUGGUGGCAAGCUGCAUCGCGAUCACUUCACCCCGGCCAUGUGA